AUCUCCAUGGUGGAUGGCAAGUUCUUUGACAGGCUGGAGGCAGUGGCAAGGGCAGUCAGAAAACGGGAUGAGCCUUUUGGAGGAAUUCAGUUAAUCAUCUGUGGGGACUUCUUGCAGCUACCCCCAGUCUGCAAGGCUAAUGAAGAAAUGAAGUUUUGCUUCCAGGCAAAAAGCUGGAGGAAAUGCAUCAACAUAAACAUGGAGCUGACUGAAGUGCGGAGACAGACUGACAAGACCUUUGUCUCGCUCCUGAGCGCAGUUCGUUUAGGCAGGUGCACAGAGGAGGUUACCAGGCUGCUGAUGCAGACAGCUACUAACAGGUCUGAGCGUGAUGGGAUCCUGGCUACACGGCUCUGCACCCAUAAGGAUGAUGUAGAAAUAACCAAUGAGAGACGCUUGCAACAGCUGUCAGGAGACAUGCAUACUUUUGAGGCUUUGGACAGUGACCCAAUGCUAGUGAAGUUAAUUGAUGCUCAGUGUCCUGUGGGUGGUAGAGUUGAGCUAAAGCUUGGAGCUCAGGUGAUGCUAGCAAAAAAUCUGGAUGUGUCUCAAGGGCUGGUGAAUGGGGCACGAGGAGUUGUUGUAGGAUUUGAAAGUGAAGAGAAGGGGCUGCCUAAGGUUAGAUUUCUCUGUGGGAUCACCCAGGUCAUCAAAAUGGAGAAAUGGGUCUUCAAAGGACCAUCAGGAGUUCAUCUGAGUCGUCAACAGUUGCCUUUAAAAUUGGCAUGGGCCAUUUCCAUUCACAAGAGUCAGGGCAUGUCUUUAGAUUGUGUGGAAAUCUCUCUGUCUCGUGUCUUUGAAAGUGGGCAGGCCUAUGUAGCCCUCUCCCGAGCCCGUAGCCUUGCAGGUCUCCGUGUUCUGGAUUUUGACCCAAAAGUAGUGAGAGCUGAUCCUUCUGUGUUGCAGUUCUAUAGGCACCUGAGACGUCAUCAGCUUCUAACCCAGGAUUCCCUAUGCACCCAUUCAGGUGCUGAUGAGAAGGAGAACUGGGAAUGCAGCUGA